CCCCCAAGCUGUCAAUCUACCAGGUCACCUGUGCUGUAAUUAGAUUCUCAUGCUGUGUACCGUUGUGGACUUAGAAACCUCUUUUUUUUUCUCCAUUUGUUUUAAGUGAAGUUUGAUUCUUCGGAUUCUCAAUGAAUACGAAAGUACUUUCUCCUGAUCUACCGACGUGAGAUUUUGAGGGGCAUUCGCUGAAAUCAUGCAUCAACUUCUCUAUGUGCAUGUAUUCCUAUGCUGCCUCAGUAUGGCUCAUCCCUUUUGUCCUUCCCAAUGUACCUGUGUCUCCCACGGACGUAACGAAGGAACGGGAAUGAGAUCUGUGCUCUGCAAUGACCCAGACAUGUCUGAUAUUCCUGUCAACGUCCCAGUGGAUACAAUCAAACUUCGUGUUGAGAAAACUGCUGUGCGACGGAUCCCAACAGAAGCGUUUUACUACCUGGUGGAGCUACGGUACCUGUGGAUUACUUACAAUUCAAUAAGCUCGGUGGAUUCUGGAAGUUUUUAUAACCUCAAAUUACUCCACGAGCUGAGGCUGGAUGGAAAUUUGAUCUCAAUGUUUCCGUGGGAGUCUCUGAAGGAGAUGCCCAAGCUGAGGACACUGGAUCUGCACAACAACAGAAUCGCCACGCUUCCCAUAGAGGCCAUCCCAUACCUUCUCAACAUUACAUACUUGGAUUUGUCCAGCAACAAACUGGCCACUCUACCCUCAGAGCUCAUGGAUAUUUGGCCUCCGUUCAAUGGAGAACCAGUUAUUUCUAAUGCUUCUCAAAAAGUUGUGUUAGGCCUUCAAGAUAAUCCCUGGUUCUGUGACUGUAAAAUCUCCAAACUGAUUGAGCUCUCCAAAAUGACUGGCACACCAGUGGUUUUGAUGGAUCUAUUUCUGACCUGCAGUGCACCAGAGAAUCUAGCUGGUGUUCUUUUUCAACGUGCAGAACUGGAAAAUUGUGUAAAACCUUCAGUCAUGACUUCUGCGACCAAGAUUACAUCUCCUUUAGGCAGUAAUGUUCUCUUGAGAUGUGAUGCAACAGGGUUUCCAACACCAAAUCUAUCCUGGGUCAAAACUGACGGUUCACUUGUCAACAACACAGUUCAAGAAUCUCCUGGAGAGGGCAUUAGAUGGUCCAUCAUGAGCUUGCAUGGAAUACUGUACAAAGAUGCUGGGGACUACAGCUGCAAGGCCAAAAAUGUUGCGGGGAGAGCAGAAGCCACAAUUUCUCUCUCAGUUGCGGGCACCUUCAGUACCACCAUCGCUCCAGUAAGGCCUAGCAUUGGAACAGGACCAACCAGUCAAGAAACAACACUCAUCCCCUUAGCAGAUGUUUCAAAUCCGCCCUCUGUUGCGUCUACAAUCCUCCCAAGAACACAAACGCCAGUUCCGGUCACCCCCAAGAAACAAAAAACUACACCAAGCAACAGUGUACAGAAAAGCACACCUGCAAAAAUUAAGUCCCCAAAGACUGUCAAAGACCUCAAGAUUGUAGAGGAAACAUCUGACAGUGCGGUGUUGCUUUGGACAACAGAUGGACUACCAAAUGACGCCCCAGUUACAGUUGUAUAUUCACCUUAUGGUGAAGAUGACAGCAAGGAAACAAUUGAGACUAAUGCAGGCAGUGGCAAAAUUCUGCUAGAGGGACUAUCACCUGGGAAAAGGUACUCUGUUUGCCUUGUAGCAAAGGGUAGUACAGCUAAAAAAGAUCCAUGCAUCGACUUUGGACAAGUAUUGGACAAUGAAGAAGAUGGUGGACAGAGCCAGCUGUUCAUGAUCAUAAGUGGCAUUGCUUGUGCAUUAAUUUUGCCACUUAUUGCAUUUCUGAUCUACAAGAUUCUUGCUUUGUAUUGCAAGGGACAACACCCUGCCAUUGAUGAACAGGAGCUUGAAAAAGAGAGCUACGUUAAGUUUGAGACAAUAUCAAUGAAGCAAAGGACCUUGAACUCUCAUCCAACAGAGCUUUGGGCAAGGAGGCCAACUCAUGAAUCAGAGCGGAUGCUACUCUGCUCCAGGUCAAGUAUAGACUCCCAAAUGACCUAUAAGAGUGACAGUUCCCGGUCUGAGUAUCUUUGCUGACACCAGGGAUCCAUGGCCACUGGCCAAAUGCCAUUCUUUAUAUGAAAUCCUGUUUAUUUGCCUUUUAUGACACUGAUCAACACUAAAUUGAUAUUAUUCAUGUAUUUUUUUCAAAGUGGUUUGAUACUGUUCGUAAUAUAUGUGCAGAUACAACAAAAUGUAUCAAGAUUUUCUACAUCUGUGGCACAAUUAGGCAAUCAUUUGCUGUAAUGUAAUAUUUUCAGCAUUUUAUAUUAACUAUGGACUUAUAAACAUGUAUACAAUGAUAUACACAGGUUUAGAAAACAUGAAAAGGUUCCAGUGGGUGGUUAAGAAGUGUGAACAUUUUGUUAAAUUCCUGGCAAUUCCUGAUCAUUGACUGAUCUGUUGAUAUCUAACGAUAUCUUUAUUAAUUUCCUUAUUUGUUCAUGAGCCUUAUAUUUGAUGAAGAGUUUUGAGUGGUUGUGGCUGCAGCACAGCACUUUUGUUGGACUUACAAAUAGUCACAUAUAGUACCUUCCAAAGAGCCUGUUACCGGUGGUGCUCAAUGCCAAAAACUGUCAAGAAGUGUCAGAUAUGAUACGUGGUGGUGUCAAAAAAAAAAAAAAGCUCCAUCCCAUCCCAUUAACAACAUCAUUGUUGCUUCAAGCUGAUUGUGGCCUUACUGGACAAGAAAGUACUGUGUAGAAUGUGUGACUCGUCUAAUAAACAUUGCCAGUUUCUAUGGAUUUAUGUAUAUAUUUCUCUAUAAAUGGAGUUAUAGGUUUGUUUUUAAUAAACCCAAAAACUGAUACAUU